AUGGCACUGCCGAGUCCACCACUGAUGUUGCCGGAUGAUGCCGUCGGCGAGAUCCUCCGUCGCCUCCCGCCGGAUGAGCCUGCAUGCCUCGUCCGUGCCUCCCUUGUUUGCAAAUCCUGGCGCCUCCUCAUCUCUGAACCUGACUUCCUCCUUCGCUACCAUGAGCUCCAUCCUACACCUCUGGUGCUCGGCUUCCUCUACAACAACCGCUUUAUUCCUACCACCACAACCAAUCCCCCGCUCUUCCCGCUGGAGUUUGACUAUUUCGACUGGUUAGUGGUUGAAUUGGUUGGUGCAUGCAACUCAAUAUUUGGGAGCACCAAAGAUGAGGAUGUUGUGGAGGAUGCUAGUGUCACAUGGGUGAGCGUCUAA